CCACUACUACCUAUACGUACAGUCGACUCGUACUUGCGGCUCAUAUUAUAUACCAUGUAUGGAUUGUUGUGGCGUUGGUAGUGGCAGAACUAGUACAGCAAUACCUCUCUAGGUUUAUGACGUCGAUCGUUCUCAUACAACACACAAUCGCUCCAGCUCGCUCAGUCAGGGAUCCCCAACAUUUGCCAACUUAAAUGAUUUUUCAAGCACGACUUCCUCAGAAGGAACUUCAUUCACCACCGUCGUGGCCCCGGGAGCCGAAAAGGCUUCCAGAAAUGAAAAAGAAAAAAAAACAAGACAAAGGAGCCCCCUCUUUCCCAAAACGAACAGCCUCUUUAUCCCCCAUGGAGCAAUUGUAACGAUCCUUUGGGUGAGGGAAAUGAUGUCCUCAGAGCGGAUAUUACUCCCUGAAAACCCAUGUCCGUCCGUCCAACGAGUCAUCUAGUUCAGACGAGGAAUAAGAACAGAGCAGUACGUAUCGUAGACGACGAAGAACAGAACGAGGAGAAGGAGGAGGUCCCUCCGCUCAUCAAACUGGACCAAAAAAGGAUUUUCAGUUUCCCUCCACGCUACCACGAACUGAACUACGAGAUCGUCCUCAUGGGGUUCAUGAGGAGCGCAAUCAGCAGCCAUCAAAGGGGCGCUAUUCAACAUUUUGGGGGUUCUGGGGCACGUCACGGAAAAAAGGGGGCACUUGCACGAGCUUACAUAUUGUACAAUGAGCGUUGGUUAACAUUACAGUUCGUAGUAGUACUAGCAAUAGUAGUAGCAGUGCUGCUACUGCUACUACCACCAGCACCACCAGCACCAUAUAAUGAUGCGUUCCUAGAGUGGCCCGCCACAGAGGGCCCCUUGGAUCUAGUCUGCUAUAUAUACAGUAUACAUGUGAGUGCGAGCCCGAUGGCUGCCGCCGACAUGCUCGACAGCUACUUUAUCACUCUGAGAGACAGACCAAUGACGGCGAUCCUGCUCCUCCUCCUCCGACCCAAACAGCCAUCUCCGAAAGGUGGAGCCUCAUCAUCACAUCCAGCACCUCUCUCACUCACCAACACUGAGACACCGAGUGCGUAUGGAGGAAAAAACUCAAAUCUCUCAAAGAUCCUUCGAGUAUCUCAGUUCAAGCGACCAGAGAGAGCGAGAGAGACAUCCUCACUCAGAGCGAGAGGGAACGAGAGACUUUUUUUUCGGCUUCUUCAUACUACUUAUGAAAGGAGUGAAGGAGGCGCUCUGGUUGUGAUAGUCAGCAUCAGCUUUCGGAUGAACCCUCUCCUCUGAUCUUGGUCUGUUCUUGUGAAUACCUUGUCAAAGUGAAGUGCUCGACGAGAUCUCGGAGAUUCAAGAUUGCCACAAGAAGACGAAGAAGAAACGGCAAACUAACCAACCAACGAACCAACGAGCCAACCAAGUUGGUCGUCGGUCGAUCGUCGGCACGGUUAAGUCCUCCACAAAUAGCCACACACGCAAUCAGCGACCGAUCGACCGGCCGACCGACCGACCGACCAUCUAAAUAAGUGAGUGAGUGAGUGGGUGAGGGAAUGAGGGUUCGUGUGUGCCUGUGUUUGUGCGGAAGAUGUGAGAUGAGGAACCCUUUUUUUAUGCCACCAUCCCAAUUCAUCUCGGCAAACUCUCUCUCUCUCUCUCUUUCUCUCUUUCUCUCCUUCACUCAUUCACAGAGACAGGACUGGAGGCCAGAAGCAUAGAAGCAACAGUGUGAGAGAUGAAGUUCGGCCCAGAGACUUCUGACGAAUGAAAAUAUUCCACCAUUCGCCCACCUGACCACCGCUGAAGGGGUUCAAUUCAGUGUCGUCGUUGUCUUGGUUGUGCUCCAGUGGUUGGAGGUGGCCAACAUAUGGAUGCUGGGCUCCUCAUACGAACCCUAGUUCAGUUCAGUGGAUGCCAAUCCCAAUGGAAUUGGAGUUGAAAUAAAUUAUUCCGCCUCCAUUUAGUCGGUGGCAAGGAAAUCUCCUGGAAAUUCAACGCCCUCAAAACAAUGACCGUCAACGCCGAGUUCGAGUCUAAUUUAACCACUUUGUGGGCCUGACAACAUUCUCGUCGAGCCAAUGUGAGUGACAAUUGAAGACAACCCACAAACGAAUCACGACAUCACUCCAAUUCAAGGCAAACACCAACAGCCUGUCUGUUCUCUAAUCACUUAUUCACUUCCUCGAACCUUCGGCCUUCCUUGAGAAAAGUCGACCUUGUGUAUGUGUGAGUGAGUGCUCCAUAACUGAUCGGUGGUAGUGAACAACACCAGCCAGUGUGAUCUACUUUUUACUACAGAAUAUUCGACACCUCAGCCAAAGAUACUCAUGAAUCAUGCUCAGAGCAGCUCACCAAGAUCGAUCCCUUCAGGGUCGUGUACCAUGGAACCUCGCUGGUUUGGUGGGUCUCCAACAGCCCGGAGGAGUACCCGGAUCCGAUCCAUCUCACGGUGUACCAGGAUCCUCGGGGGGAGGUGGGUUGCCCCACCCGCUACCCCACCAUUACUCAAGCCAUUACCCAUCUCACACAGCCGCACACUAUCCUCAUCUCUUGCCCCCGCCCCCCUCGGGCGACCCCUGGCCUUCAGCUGGUCCUCCCGAUGGGGUGGGCCACUCCCUCGCCACUUCGGUGGCCUCGUCCAUUACUGGCAACCCGGUGGAAGCCUUAUCCUAUAAAAUGGAUCCCGAGGCUGUGGCAGCCAUGCACCAACAUCAGGCAGCUGCGGCUGCCGCAGCAGCUCAUCAGCAUCAGGCCCAUCAGGCCAUGUAUUACCCUCAUCAGUCCUCGUCAAGCCCCUCUGUGAGUGUGGCCAAUGAGUCCUCUCCCUCCGCUGGAGGCGUGUCCACUCCGUCGGGCAGUGCCCCACCCAAUCCGGUGACUUCGGAUCCUUUGUCAAACUUUCAGUCAAUACAGGCCAUUGAAUCCCAAGAUGUGAUGCAAACACUACAUCAGUAUUUCGAAGAAGAAACAGGCAACUGGAUUGAUUCUGGUCAAGGGGUUCCACCACACCAUCACGCCUCUCAUCCCGCCCUUUCCGAAGCUUACGCCCAAGACUACGGAAUUGGACGAACCGGUUACACGGACCGGAAAAAGAAGAUCAUCAAGGAGUGGACCAAGUCAUCCUCUAUCCCUACUUCUAACAAUGGCAACUCAUCAUCCACCUCAUCGUCGGCCACUUCAGCCGCGGCAGCUGCUGCGGCUGCGGCUGAAACGGCUGCCCGGUCAGCAGCCAUGGCGGCCGCUACGGGAGGUUACGAAAAUUUCCUAUACCACUCCUAUAACAUAAAAGAUGAAAGCGCCCUUAGAGCGGCCGAGUACCCUUACAGUCAUCCGGCGGCUUAUGCGGCAUAUCAAGAGGCGGCAGCAGGUCUGGUCCAUCCUUACGCCCAUCACAUGGUGUCUGCUGUGGCCGCAGCGGGUAGUGUGGGAUCUGAACCGAGUCCGGCGGGUCGGCCGGGUCGGCGGAAGAAGAGGAAUGCGGCCGCCAGUGCCGGAAGUGCGUCUUCAUCAACUCAUUCGGGUGGUGGUCAUUCCGGACUCACUCGAGACGAGCGCAAGGCCUUGACUCUGAGUUUACCCAUUACCGUUCAAGACAUCAUCCACUUGCCCAUGGACGAGUUCAACGACCUCCUUUCCAAGCACGAGCUCUCCGAAGAACAACUCACCCUCUGUCGGGAUAUUCGGAGACGUGGCAAAAAUAAGGUGGCGGCGCGGAAUUGUCGCAAGCGUAAAAUCGACCAAAUCAAGCAAUUAGAGGAUGAUGUCCAACGAAUUCGUUGCAAGAAAAGCGAACUCAUCGCCGAGCACGAGAAACUCGUGGCUCAGCGAUCUCACUGGACCGACCUCGUCAAGCGACUCCACGAUUACAUUCUCAAAGAAGUGGGCCAUGACCCAAGUCAGUGGCAAUUGCAAAUGGACCACAGCCGACAAGUGCAUAUUAUGCCUCGAAACCUCGCCGAUGAAACUGAUCCCUCCAAGCUUCCGGCCCCUUAUCAUUAUGCGCCCUCGGUGGGUCCUCCAGUGAUGGAACAGACCGUGAUGCCAAAUUAAAAUUACCAAGGCUGUCGCCACCUCCUCACUCCACCUUCCAUCCUCACCGUUUAUAUGCUAAUAUGGUACGAAGGGUACCAUAACCACUAGAAUCCGCGAAUUUUACCACUUCCCUUUGGCCAUCCAUUGGACGAACGGGGAUGGAAAGUGACCACCCACUUCAUGAUGGAUAGCUGUUUUACCGCUACUCGUAUAUCUCUGAUUUCACCAGGCUGUGAUAGAAUUUGUUUCAAUAAAGGCACGCCUCGUCUUCAAUGGAACAAU